AUGGCAUCCUCACCAAAGCUCACACUUACGUCUGGACACAUUCUUUCGGACCCGACACCUUAUCGAAAGCUCGUAGGCAGCUUCCAAUAUCUGGCUUUCACUCGGCUUGCCAUUGCUUAUGCAGUAAACCGCCUCUCACAGUUCAUGCACCGCCCCACUGAUGCUCAUUGGCAGGCUGCGAAUAGAAUACUCCGCUACCUGGCCGGUACACCUACACAUGGUCUCUUUCUCUCUGCCAAAACACCACUAUCACUACAUGCUUUUUUCGAUGUAGAUUGGGCAGGAGAUUCCCAUGACUAUGUAUCAACCAAUGCAUACAUCGUUUAUUUAGGCAGCAAUCCAAUAUCCUGGUCAGCAAAGAAACAGAAUGGCGUGGCACGAUCCUCCACCGAGGCUGAAUACAGGUCGGUAGCCAACACAGCAUCUGAAAUAAGAUGGAUAUGUAAUCUCCUCUCCGAGCUUGGGAUAAGACAAACUGCUCCUCCGGUGAUAUAUUGUGACAAUGUUGGUGCCACAUUCCUCUGUGCCAACCCCGCCUUCCAUUCCCGAAUGAAGUACAUUGUUAUAGACUACCACUUCAUAAGGGGACAAGUUCAAAAUGGCCUUCUUCGUGUUGCUCAUGUCCACACCACCGACCAACUUGCUGAUGCACUUACCAAACCAUUGGGUCGUCAACGGUUCCUUGAACUACGUCACAAGAUUGGAGUGACCAAAGCUCCUCCAUCUUGA